UUGUCAAUACAAAAAGGUCUCCUCAAAUUAGUUGUCUGUUCCUCAUGCGUGAGUGCAGUUGUCAUUCGGAUAGCUAAAAUAUUUAAAAUUGUGAAUUUCGACAAGGAUAUUUAAAAUAGAAAUAAAUAAUAUAUUUAAAAUAAUUCAAAUAUAAUAACUAGCCAAAAAAUACAUUAAAAUGGGAGCAGAAAAAUCGAAUUCGACGAGUGUCCUUGAACACAUCGAAGCCGGCUUAAAUGUGCUUAAUCAAUUGUGCAUUGGAUUUGUGACAUUCUGGAUCUGUUGGAGCUGCCUGCGCAAAGGACUUGUAGGGAUUCGUCUGCACGUCUGGCUGGUGUCCUUUGGCUUUGUUUUCCUGAUGGCUGAGGCCAUGAUGUGCUUUUACAAUGGCAACUGGUUAACACUGCGCUACACGCGAAAGCACAAAACACUCAUCCAUGUGGUGCUCCAGAUCCUUGGUGGCGGCAUGGGCGUAGCCGGUUGCCUUGUCCAACUGAUACGUGAUGACUGGUCCAUUUCGGUAACCACACAUUCCAGAUUGGGAUUCGCUGCCUUCAUACUGUGCCUAAUCUCGCUUUUAAGUGGAAUUAUUGCUGCAAUUGCCCGCAGUUUGUCGAAAGUUGUGUCCCCGUUGGCCAACAAAACGUUCCACGUAAUCCUGAGUCUAGGCACAUUUGUGACGGCCAUGUUGGCACAGUUUUUUGGUUACACGCAAACAGGGAUAUUCAAAGGACAAGGAAAGGACUUUGUCAUAUUUAUGCAAGUUGUGACGAUGGUUUUAAUGGUAUUAACUUGCAUUGCACCGUUUAAGUCUUUGUAUCACAAAUUCGUUAGCUUUAAAAGUUAACGCAGUGCGCAGUCUGUGAUUUUAGCUAAUAUUAGUUUAAAAAAUUCUUAUAUUUAGAUUAGAAAAUUAAAUAAAAUGAAAAUAAUUUAUUUGAAAUAA